CCGAUAGCCCUUCACGUAUAAGAUGCAGGUCCGGCCUUCUCCUCGACUUGGCCUCUUGACCACCCACCCUCAUCCAAGUCACGACUCCCAGUCCAGAUCCCCAUCUCUGGAGUCGUUUUCCCCCUCUUCAUUUUCCCAUUCUUGUAUACAGUCGCCGUCUGCCGUCGAAUGAGGGUAUCUGACAUCUUCCGCCGUCUCGUGUCUCACUUCUCCAAUCCCGAUCCGUCCCCCUCAGAGACAAGAGAGGCCAAACCACAACCUGCUCCAUCUACCACAUCCUCCGGCGCAACUCUUCCUAAACCCGCCGCAAAGAUGCCUGGUCUUACUUCCAACACCCCGGGCAAGUUUAGCCAGAUCCCGGGUCCGCUCGGUCUGGCAUCGGCCAGCCUCGAGGGCAAGGUUGCUCUCGUGACUGGAGCAGGUACGUCGUGGCAUAUUUCGUUUCACCCGUUCUUGCAGGUAUCGUUUGGGCACGCAUAGUCAAUGCAUCGCCCUACCGUCGUGGGGGCUUCUCGAACCGCCGGACGGGUCGGUACUUUUUCCCCAACUCAAGUCCGACGACGUCAAGGGGGUGGGGACCCCACUCCCCCACAUCCUACCAAAUCCGGCCACCCAC